AUGCACGCUGCGAACAUGAUUACGCAUCUAGGCCGUGCCCUCACUUUGCUGCUAGCGGCGUCAACUGCAGCCGCUGCAACAACAACAACAACAACAGAAGCGCCAGGAACUGCCAAGACUCGGCCACCCCUAGCGCCACAGCAUAAUCAACAACCAACCUACCAACCCUUGCCGUCCUUGCGCGACCAGGCCGCCCUCGUGGACGCCUGGACUGCUGAGCGUCGUGCGCUGAUCCCCGGACUGCUGGCCAAGCACGGCGUCGACGCCUGGCUGGUGUCGCAGCGCGAGUACGCCGAGGACACGGUGUUUUGGUCCCUCAAGCGCAAGGAGCAGUUCAGCGCGCGCCGGAGGACCCUGGAGCUGUUCCUGUCGUCGUCCACGGCGCAUCACGAGGGCCGCGAUGCAAGGACCUCGUACACCUGGAUCGAAAACCGGCCAGAGGUGCUGUUUUCCCAGCUGCGCGAGGUAUUGGACCGUCACCAACCAGCCAAGAUCGCCAUCAACGCGGCAGAGGAGGUUGCCUUCGCAUCGGGUCUGCAUGCGGGCGAGCUCGAGACGUUCAGGCGGCACCUGAACGGGACCGAGGGCGGCGGUAACGGCACGGCGUGGACGGAACGCUUCGUCACGGUGCCCAUGCUGGCCGUCGAGUACAUCGCUUCGACGGUCGAGAGCAGGACUGCAUGGUACCGUCGUCUCAUGGAGACGGCGUGGGCUGUCGUCAACGAGGGGUUCAGCGCCGAGGUCGUCAAGCCCGGCGUCACGACCACGACGGACAUUGAGUGGUGGUUCCGCGAAAAGACGCAGGCGCUGGGCUACUCGACCUGGUUCCAUCCCGACGUCAGCAUCGUCCAAGAGGGGUUUGGCUUCUUAUCCGACGACAACGAUGGGAUGCUUAAAGUCAACAAGGAAACUCCCAUCAAUUAUGGAGACUUGCUACAUGUGGACUUUGGCGUCUCUGCGCUCGGGUUGAACACGGACACGCAGCACCUGGGAUACGUUCUCAGGCCCGGCGAGACGGAGCAUGACAUCCCCGCUAGCCUGCGGGAGGGCCUGAGGAAAGCCAACCGGAUGCAGGACAUUGUGAGACAGAGCAUGAAGAUUGGGAGCACCGGAAACGACAUCCUAAGGACCUCUCGGCAGCAAAUGAAGGAAGAAGGCAUUUCUGGCAAGGUCUACUGUCAUCCCAUCGGGGACUGGGGCCACUCUGCCGGAAUGACCAACUUGCAAGACGGCGUCCCGAUACUCGGCGACCUGCCCCUCCUGAAAAAUACAUACUAUAGCGUCGAGCUCCUGGCAGAACACUGGAUCCCUGAGCGCAACGCCACACUCGUAUUCCCGCUCGAGGAAGACGUUUACUGGAACGAGGGGACCCAGACCUGGGACUGGGUUUAUGGGAGGCAGGAACGUUUCCAUCUCAUUGAAACCGCAGCAUUUAGUGAUUCGCUCCCGGGAUUCGGCGAGCUAUAG